CUCGGCUCUCGGCCCCUCGCCCUCCCACAGCGGGUCUUCCCGCGGCCGCUCUGGCCCAAGCGUCCCCUCGUCUCUCUGAUUUGGCCCAUCCGGCUUGGGAGGGAGGCGCGGGUGGGUGAGCAAGGGGAGUGCGUCAAUGGGGUCCAGGCCCGAGCCCCUGAAGACGGACUCCGCCCCCGGCACCCGCUCGCGCCCCGCCCCCGGCUGGAGGAGUCUCUCCUGGACCAUCGGAUCCUGGUCUGUCCCGGCCCGCAGCCUCUAUGGAGGCUUCUGCCGGGCCGUAGAGCCUUUCGCCCCCUGGGGACUCACCCGUAUAUAAGGUCCGUUUGGCCUGCAGCAGCCCGAGUCUGUAAUGCUGGACACUGUUUAUGGGGUUGGCCCCCUAUGGGGGCCGCUGUCUAUAGGGGACCCCCAAGGUCCUUAGGGGUCGUCCCCGUCCAUAGUGACUCCAUAUACAGAGGGCCUCCAUCGCUCUAUAGGGCCCAGCCCUCGGCUUCCAGAGCCUGUCAGCAGUGGCCGUUCCCUUCGCCGGGACUGCGUCUCCAGGACCUCCUCGGUCUACAAGGCCAUGUUAUGCCUAUAGAGGUCGCAUUUGCAGGGCCUCACGCCAGGUAGAGGGUCCUCUCCAGGUUUUUACGGCCCGUUCCCGCUCUAAGGGUCAGUACAAGAGGCGGCGAUGGCCCUGGGCAAGGCUCUGGCCACGGCACUGGCUUUGGCCUUGGCCGUGUUGGGGUCGCUGUCCCCUGGGGCCCAGGCGGGGGACUGCAAGGGGCAGCGGCAGGUGUUGCGGGAGGCGCCAGGCUUCGUGACGGAUGGUGCUGGCAACUACAGCGUCAAUGGCAACUGCGAGUGGCUCAUCGAGGCCCCAAGCCCCCAGCACCGGAUCCUGCUGGACUUCCUUUUCCUGGACACAGAGUGCACGUAUGACUACCUGUUUGUGUAUGACGGUGACUCCCCGCGAGGGCCGCUGCUUGCCAGUCUGAGUGGGAGCACCCGGCCUCCGCCCAUCGAAGCUUCCUCAGGCAAGAUGCUGCUGCACCUCUUCAGUGAUGCCAACUACAACCUACUGGGCUUUAACGCCUCAUUCCGCUUCUCCCUGUGCCCGGGUGGCUGCCGGAGCCACGGGCAGUGCCAGCCGCCGGGUGUGUGUGCCUGUGAGCCGGGCUGGGGGGGUCCUGACUGUGGCGUGCAGGAGUGCUCAGCCUACUGUGGCAGCCAUGGCACCUGCGCCUCGCCCCUGGGACCAUGCCGCUGUGAGCCUGGCUUCUUGGGACAUGCCUGUGACCUGCACCUGUGGGAGAACCAGGGGGCUGGCUGGUGGCACAACGUGAGUGCUGGGGACCCUGCCUUCUCUGCCCGUAUUGGAGCAGCUGGCGCCUUCCUGUCCCCACCGGGGCUGCUGGCAGUUUUUGGAGGCCAGGACCUCAACAAUGCCCUGGGUGACCUCGUCCUAUACAACUUCUCCGCCAACACCUGGGAAUCCUGGGACCUGAGUCCUGCCCCGGCUGCCCGUCACUCCCAUGUGGCCGUGGCCUGGGCCGGCUCCCUGGUGCUGAUGGGUGGUGAGCUGGCAGACGGCUCGCUCAUCAACGACGUGUGGGCCUUCAGUCCACUGGGCAGGGGCCACUGGGAGCUCCUGGCACCACCUGCCUCCAGCUCCUCGGGGCCCCCAGGCCUGGCAGGUCAUGCGGCUGCCCUGGUGGAUGAUGUCUGGCUAUAUGUGUCUGGAGGCCGCACCCAGCACGACCUCUUCUCCUCUGGCCUCUUCCGUUUCCGCCUUGACAGCACCAGCGGGGGCUAUUGGGAGCAGGUGAUUCCAGCAGGUGGACGGCCCCCUGCUGCCACCGGCCACUCCAUGGUGUUCCAUGCCCCGUCCCGUGCCCUGCUGGUCCAUGGUGGACACCGGCCCUCCACUGCCCGGUUCUCUGUGCGAGUGAACUCCACUGAGCUUUUCCAUGUGGAUCGGCGUGUGUGGACGACGCUGAAGGGGCGGGAUGGGCUUCAGGGCCCAAGGGAGAGAGCCUUCCACACAGCCAGUGUUCUGGGCAACUACAUGGUGGUCUAUGGGGGCAAUGUGCACACUCAUUACCAGGAGGAAAAGUGCUACGAAGAUGGCAUCUUCUUCUACCACCUUGGUUGCCAUCAAUGGGUGUCAGGAGCUGAGCUUGCCCCGCCAGGAACCCCUGAGGGCCGAGCAGCGCCUCCCAGUGGUCGGUACUCACAUGUGGCUGCGGUGCUUGGUGGCAGCGUCCUGUUGGUGGCUGGGGGGUACAGCGGCCGGCCCCGUGGGGACUUGAUGGCGUACAAGGUGCCCCCCUUUGUGUUCCAGGCACCUGCCCCUGACUACCACUUGGACUACUGCUCCAUGUACACAGAUCACAGCGUGUGCUCCCGGGACCCGGAAUGCAGUUGGUGCCAAGGAGCCUGCCAAGCUGCACCCCCUCCUGGGACCCCCUUGGGGGCUUGUCCAGCCGCCAGCUGCCUGGGCCUGGGCCGCCUCCUGGGUGACUGCCAGGCCUGCCUGGCCUUCAGUAGCCCCACAGCCCCUCCGCGGGGACCCGGCACCCUGGGCUGGUGUGUGCACAAUGAGAGCUGCCUCCCUCGGCCUGAGCAGGCCCGCUGCCGAGGGGAGCAGAUCUCAGGCACGGUGGGCUGGUGGGGGCCUGCGCCUGUCUUCGUCACGUCCCUGGAGGCCUGUGUCACCCAGAGCUUCCUGCCUGGCCUACACCUGCUCACCUUCCAGCAGCCACCCAACACCUCCCAGCCUGACAAGGUGUCGAUUGUCCGCAGCACGACCAUCACCCUGACACCCAGCGCAGAAACAGAUGUGUCCCUGGUCUACCGUGGCUUCAUCUACCCAAUGCUGCCUGGAGGGCCGGGUGGGCCAGGGUCUGAGGACGUGGCUGUGUGGGCCCGGGCCCAGCGCCUACACGUUCUGGCCCGGAUGGCCCGUGGCCCUGACACAGAGAACAUGGAGGAGGUAGGGCGCUGGGUGGCUCAUCAGGAGAAGGAGACGCGGCAGCUGCAGCGCCCUGGGUCUGCUCGCCUCUUCCCCCUGCCCGGGCGGGACCACAAGUAUGCAGUAGAGAUCCGGGGCCAGCUGAAUGGCUCGGCAGGCCCUGGGCACAGCGAGCUCACUCUGCUGUGGGAUCGGACUGGUGUGCCAGGAGGCAGUGAGAUCUCCUUCUUCUUCCUGGAGCCCUACCGCUCGUCGGCCUGCACCUCCUAUUCUUCCUGCCUGGGCUGCUUGGCAGACCAGGGCUGUGGCUGGUGCCUGACCAGUGCCAGCUGCCACCUGCGCCAGGGUGGAGCCCAUUGCGGGGAUGACAGGGCUGGUGGGUCCCUGCUGGUGCUGGUGCCUACCCUCUGCCCACUCUGCGAGGAGCAUCGGGAUUGCCAUGCCUGCACCCAGGACCCCUUCUGUGAGUGGCAUCAGAGCACCAGCCGCAAAGGAGACGCGGCAUGCAGCCGGCGGGGCCGGGGUCGGGGUGCCAUAAAGAGUCCAGAAGAGUGUCCCCCACUCUGCAACCAGCGACUGACCUGUGAGGACUGCCUGGCCAACUCGAGCCAGUGCGCCUGGUGCCAGUCCACCCACACCUGCUUCCUGUUUGCCGCCUACCUGGCCCGGUACCCACACGGGGGCUGUCGAGGCUGGGAUGACAGUGUGCACUCGGAGCCACGGUGCCGGAGCUGCGAUGGGUUCCUGACCUGCCACGAGUGUCUGCAGAGCCACGAGUGUGGCUGGUGUGGCAAUGAGGACAACCCCACACUGGGACGGUGCCUACAGGGGGACUUCUCAGGGCCCCUCGGUGGGGGUAACUGCUCCCUGUGGGUGGGGGAGGGCCUGGGGCUUCCCGUGGCCCUCCCUGCCCGCUGGGCAUAUGCCCGCUGUCCUGACGUGGAUGAGUGUCGCCUGGGCCUGGCCCGGUGCCAUCCGCGGGCGACCUGCCUGAACACGCCCCUCAGCUACGAGUGUCACUGCCAGCGGGGCUACCAGGGUGAUGGCAUCUCACACUGCAACCGCACGUGCUUGGAGGACUGUGGCCAUGGUGUGUGCAGCGGCCCCCCGGACUUCACCUGCGUGUGCGACCUGGGCUGGACAUCAGACCUGCCCCUGCCCACACCCGCCCCGGGUCCCCCAGCACCCCGCUGCUCCCGGGAUUGUGGCUGCAGCUUCCACAGCCACUGCCGCAAGCGGGGCCCUGGCUUCUGCGACGAGUGCCAGGACUGGACAUGGGGAGAGCACUGCGAACGAUGCCGGCCCGGCAGCUUCGGCAACGCCACGGGCUCUAGGGGCUGCCGGCCCUGCCAGUGCAAUGGGCACGGGGACCCCCGCCGUGGCCACUGUGACAACCUCAGUGGGCUCUGCUUCUGCCAGGACCACACCGAGGGUGCCCACUGCCAGCUCUGCUCCCCAGGCUAUUAUGGGGAUCCCCGGGCCGGUGGUUCCUGCUUCCGGGAGUGUGGAGGUCGAGCCCUCCUCACCAAUGUGUCCUCAGUGGCACUGGGCUCACGCCGGGUCGGGGGGCUGCUGCCUCCAGGUGGCGGGGCUGCAAGAGCCGGGCCUGGCCUGUCCUAUUGUGUGUGGGUUGUCUCAGCCACUGAGGAGCUACAGCCCUGUGCUCCCGGGACCCUCUGUCCCCCACUCACCCUCACCUUCUUCCCUGACAGCAGCACCCCCUGCACGCUGAGCUACGUCCUGGCCUUUGAUGGAUUCCCACGCUUCCUGGACACUGGUGUUGUCCAGUCGGACCGAAGCCUCAUAGCUGCCUUCUGCGGCCAGCGACGGGACAGACCCCUCACUGUUCAGGCCCUGUCUGGGCUGCUGGUGCUGCACUGGGAGGCCAAUGGCUCCUCAUCCUGGGGCUUCAAUGCUUCGGUGGGCUCCGCCCGCUGUGGGUCAGGGGGUCCUGGGAGCUGCCCAGUCCCCCAGGAAUGCGUGCCCCAGGACGGUGCUGCAGGUGCGGGGCUCUGCCGAUGUCCUCAAGGCUGGGCUGGCCCACACUGCCGGAUGGCUCUGUGUCCUGAGAACUGCAAUGCCCACACUGGGGCAGGAACUUGUAACCAGAGCCUGGGUGUGUGCAUCUGUGCCGAAGGCUUCGGGGGUCCUGACUGCGCCACCAAGUUGGAUGGUGGGCAGCUGGUCUGGGAGACCCUCAUGGACAGCCGCCUCUCAGCCGACACUGCCAGCCGCUUCCUGCACCGCCUGGGCCACACCAUGGUGGAGGGACCUGAUGCCACCUUGUGGAUGUUUGGGGGCCUGGGCCUGCCCCAGGGGCUGCUGGGAAACCUGUACAGGUACUCAGUGAGUGAGCGGCGGUGGACACAGAUGCUGGCGGGAGCUGAGGACGGGGGCCCAGGCCCAUCGCCCCGCUCCUUCCAUGCAGCUGCAUAUGUGCCUGCUGGCCGUGGUGCCAUGUAUCUGCUGGGGGGACUCACCGCUGGGGGUGUCACCCGUGAUUUCUGGGUCCUCAACCUCACCACCCUGCAAUGGCGGCAGGAGAAGGCCCCCCAGACCGUGGAGCUGCCAGCUGUUGCUGGUCACACCCUUACUGCCCGCCGAGGCCUAUCUCUGCUCCUGGUGGGCGGUUAUUCCCCGGAAAAUGGCUUCAACCAGCAGCUGCUUGAGUACCAGCUGGCGACCGGCACCUGGGUGUCAGGAGCCCAGAGCGGGACACCCCCCACAGGUCUCUACGGUCACUCCGCCGUCUACCAUGAGGCCACCGACUCCCUCUAUGUGUUUGGGGGGUUCCGAUUCCAUGUGGAGCUGGCAGCCCCAUCCCCCGAGCUCUACUCCCUGCACUGUCCUGACCGCACCUGGAGCCUGCUGGCCCCUUCUCAGGGGGCAAAGGGAGAUUGUGUGAGGAAUGUGGGUGGCUCAUCAAGGGGUCUGGGCUAAGUUCCUAGGGAGCAGCCUGGGUCAUGGGGGUUCCGGGAACUCAGGAAGGAGAUGGUUCUGUGGGCUGCUCUUGCCGGCACAGGAGGUUUCCUGGAGGAAAUCUCACCUCACCUGAAGGAGCCCCGUCCCCGGCUUUUCCAUGCCUCAGCCCUGUUAGGGGACACCAUGGUGGUUCUUGGGGGGCGCUCGGACCCUGACGAGUUCAGCAGCGACAUUCUGCUCUACCAAGUCAACUGCAAUGCCUGGCUUCUGCCCGACCUCACCCGCCCGGCCUCUGUGGGACCCCCAGUGGAGGAGUCUGUGGCCCAUGCUGUGGCAGCAGUCGGGGGCCGCCUGUACAUCUCCGGGGGUUUCGGGGGAGUGGCCCUGGGCCGCCUGCUGGCACUGACCCUGCCCCCUGACCCCUGCCGCCUGCUGUCCUCACCCGAAGCUUGUAACCAGUCUGGGGCCUGCACCUGGUGCCAUGGGGCCUGCUUGUCCGGGGAUCAGGCCCACAGACUGGGCUGUGGGGGCUCCCCCUGCUCCCCAAUGCCUCGCUCCCCGGAGGAAUGUCGACGUCUCCGGACCUGCAGUGAGUGCCUGGCCCGCCAUCCUCGGACCCUGCAACCUGGAAAUGGAGAGGCAUCCGCUCCCCGCUGUAAGUGGUGUACCAACUGCCCCGAGGGUGCUUGCAUUGGACGCAAUGGGUCCUGCACCUCUGAGAAUGACUGUCGGAUCAACCAGCGAGAGGUCUUCUGGGCAGGGAACUGCUCCGAGGCUGCGUGCGGGGCUGCCGACUGCGAGCAGUGCACGAGGGAGGGCAAAUGCAUGUGGACACGGCAGUUCAAGAGGACGGGGGAGACCCGCCGCAUCCUGUCCGUGCAGCCCACCUAUGACUGGACCUGUUUCAGCCACUCUCUGCUGAAUGUGUCCCCCAUGCCGGUGGAAUCAUCACCCCCACUGCCCUGCCCCACCCCUUGUCACCUCCUACCCAACUGCACCUCCUGCCUGGACUCUAAGGGAGCGGAUGGGGGCUGGCAGCACUGUGUCUGGAGCAGCAGCCUGCAGCAGGUACUGUACCCAGCCAGGACCGUGCCAGGCAAGGGCCCGGGCAAGUCUCCCUCCUCUCUGCCCUGGCAGGGACCUUUCUUCCACCAUCUCCUCCACCCUCCUCCUUCCAUCUCCCUGGCUUUAGCCACAGUCCUGCUUCCUUCUGGUGCCACCAUCUCUUUCCUCCCUCGUUGCCUUGUGAGGGUCCCUGCUGUGUCCUCCAGCCAUGCUUCUGUGUGUUUCCACUUUCCCAGCCCCCAGCCUCUGCCUCUCCAACUCUUGUCCAUGGUAUCAUGGUCUCCUCAUCCUUUCCAUGACUUUAAACAUUUUCCGCAGUGUGCUAAGUGCCGAGAAUCAUUCCAUGGGAACCCGCUGGGCGGCCAGCAGUGCUACCGCCUCAUCUCAGUGGAGCAGGAGUGCUGCCUGGACCCCACGUCGCAGACCAACUGCUUCCAUGAGCCCAAGCGCCGGGCACUAGGCCCUGGCCGCACUGUCCUCUUUGGUGUGCAGCCCAAAUUCACCAACGUGGACAUCCGCCUGACGCUGGACGUGACCUUUGGGGCUGUGGACCUCUAUGUCUCCACCUCCUAUGACACCUUUGUGGUCCGUGUGGCCCCUGACACUGGCAUCCAUACAGUACACAUCCAGGCAUCCCAACCCCCACCACCUCCGCCACCCCUUGCAGAUGGUGGGCCCCGGGGGGCCGGGGAUCCAGGAGGAGCAGGAGCCAGCAGUGAACCGGGCGCCCCAGCAGAGCCACGGGUACGGGAGGUGUGGCCGCAGGGCCUGAUUACCUACGUGACAGUGACGGAGCCGUCGGCAGUGCUGGUGGUCCACAGUGUGCGGGACCGGCUGGUCAUCACCUACCCGCACGAGCACCAUGCCCUCAAGUCGAGCCGCUUCUACCUGCUGCUGCUGGGUGUGGGAGACCCAAGUGGACCCGGUGCCAAUGGCUCAGCCGACUCGCAGGGUCUGCUCUUCUUCCGGCAGGACCAGGCCCACAUCGACCUGUUUGUCUUCUUCUCCGUCUUCUUCUCCUGCUUCUUCCUCUUCCUCUCACUCUGUGUGCUCCUCUGGAAGGCCAAACAGGCUCUGGAUCAGCGGCAGGAGCAACGCCGGCACUUGCAGGAGAUGACCAAGAUGGCCAGCCGCCCCUUCGCCAAGGUCACUGUCUGCUUCCCACCUGACCCUACUGCCCUGGCCCCCGUCUGGAAGCCAGCUGGGCUCCCACCACCCGCCUUCCGCCGCUCUGAGCCCUUCCUGGCACCCCUGCUGCUGACAGGGGCCGGUGGUCCCUGGGGACCCAUGGGAGGGGGCUGCUGCCCGCCAGCCAUCCCUGCCACCACUGCUGGGCUGCGAGCUGGGCCCAUCACCCUCGAGCCCACAGAAGAUGGCAUGGCCGGCGUGGCCACCCUGCUGCUCCAGCUGCCUGGCGGGCCCCAUGCACCCAACGGCGCCUGCCUGGGGUCAGCCCUCGUCACACUGCGGCACAGGCUGCAUGAGUACUGUGGGGGUGGCGGGGUUGCUGGGGGCAGUGGGCAUGGGGCUGGUGUGGGCCGGAAGGGACUGUUGAGCCAGGACAACCUCACCAGCAUGUCCCUCUGACAUGCCAAGGGUCCUCAUCCACAGCAGCUGGGUCACCCAAUGGGGCCGCCCUGGACUUGGGGUCCCUUCACCUGGGGGCCCCUGGACACUGUCUCCUUGGAGACCACUGGCUCCCUUCCCUCAGGGGUGCCCCGACGGGGCCUCCUUUGUUCUGCAUUCAGCAGCUAUUUAUUGAGUACCUACUCUGUCAGGCACUGUCAUAGGCAUGGGGCAAAGCAGGAACGGAGAGACGAGGUUCCCUGAUCUCAUGGUACUUAGGUUCUAGUGAAGGGAGACAAUCAGUUCACACGCACACACCCCACAUGCACACACACAUGAACACUUGCACAUGUGCACACACGAGUAACAUGGUUUCAGAGAGGGAGAAGUGCCGUGAGGCCUCCAGAGGACGUGGCAGUGAGGGACGACGGGGUGAAGUCUGCUGGACAUUCAGAGAAGCUAGACUGAGAAUGCCUGAGAAGAACCAGCCACGGGAAGAGCUUCGGGAAGUGAAGGCAGAGGCCCUGGGGUGGGAGCAGGGUUGUUUUAUUGGAAGGACUGAAAACUGGCAAGUGUGACCCAGAUCAAGUGUGAGGAGAUGAGACUGGGGACAGGCAGGGGCUGGAUCACCCAGGGCCUUGUGGACCCCACACAGGGUUUUGGGUUUUAUUCUCAGGGCAACGGGAAGCUGUUGGAUGGUUUGAUGAAGGGGAGUGACAGGAUCCGAUGUACCUAUUUCAGAAUUUAAGAGGGCUGGGUGCGGUGGCUCAUGCCUAUAAUCCCAGCACUUUGGGAGGCCAAGGCGGGCUGAUCACAAGGUCAGGAGUUCGAGACCAGCCUGGCCAAUAUGGUGAAACCCCGUGUCUACUAAAAAUGCAAAAAUUAGCCGGGCGUGGUGGCGCACACCUGUAGUCCCAGCUACUUGGGAGGCUGAGGCAGGAGAAUUGCUUGAACCUGGGAGGCAGAGGUUGCAGUGCACUCAGAUUGCGCCACUGUACUCCAACCUCGGCGACAGCGAGACUCCAUCUCAAAAAA